UGAGCGGGAGGAAAGUCUGUGUGAGGAGUGUAGUGGCUGUGUGGACAUGUCAUAGUCCACUCUUGGACCCUGAUCAAGUGGCUGGACGAGGUCAAGACUUGACAUUAUGCCCAAGAUGAGGACCCAGGUUGGAGUUUUGUUUUUGUUGGCCCAGUGGAUGGUCUACUCUGAUGCUUGGUUCUGGUCCUGGACUGGUACCACAACUUUGGCCCCAACAAUGGAUCAUGAGGGGUCUGGCAGUCCAGCAGGUAGUGGAGAACAGCCAACAGAGGAUGGGGUUGCAACGGAGAUCAUUGAUGAAGGACAUGGGAUCCAAAAGACUGUGCAGACUUGGGAUGAGACCACUCCUCUGCUGACCUCUCUAAUAGCUACAACACAACCCAAGAAUGACCGGCCACCAGAAAGGGGCACAACAGGGAUUUCGUCACGCAUAUUUAAACCUGGUAAUGGCACAUCCUCACUAAAGGAAGACAGUGGAGUCACCCUGACGCAGCUGAUCGGGGAUCCUCCUCCUAGUGAGAUCACCCGGGUCUAUGGGCCCGACAACAGCCCCGCGUAUGUCUUUGGCCCCGAUGCCAACACGGGCCAGCUGGCACGCGCUCACCUGCCGAGCCCAUUCUACCGAGACUUUGCCCUCAUCUUCAACCUGCAACCUACCUCUGACAGGGGUGGAGUCAUCUUCUCUGUCACAGAUGCCUCACAGCAGAUCAUGUAUGUGGGUGUCAAACUGUCACCUGUCCAGGGUGACAACCAGAAUGUCAUCCUGUACUACACAGAACCCGACUCACAGCAGUCCUAUGAAGCAGCCAGGUUCCUUGUGCCCUCCUUGAGGGAUACCUGGACCCGUUUCGCUAUCGCCGUGAGGGACGACAAGGUGACGUUCUACCUCAACUGUGACACAGACCCUCAGGUGAUGCGCAUCGAGAGGUCCCCGGAUGAGAUGGAGCUGGAGGCCGGUGCCGGGGUCUUCGUUGGGCAGGCUGGAGGAGCUGAUCCUGAGAAGUUCCUGGGGCUCAUUGGUGAGCUGAGGGUGGUGGGAGACCCCCGUGCUGCUGAGAGACACUGUGAAGAGGAUGAGGAUGACUCCGAUAUGGCUUCAGGUGAAGGAAGUGGCUAUGAAGAAAGAAGACCCUUAAAACCAGCCGUGGAGAGAGACAGAUGGACGACUACUCCUCCUUCCUCUCGGCCCAUUCAGCAGCCACCGGUCAUCAAGAAAGAGGAGGUGUCUGUUACAAGAGAGACAGGAGCAGUUGGGUCUAAAGGAGAGAAGGGUGACCAAGGGGAUAGAGGAGAGAAAGGAGAUAGGGGUCCAAUUGGGCCGAAGGGAGAAUCAAGCUCUGGCUCCAGUUCCCGGGGGGGUGCCCGUGGAGAGAAGGGAGAACCAGGGGAGAAGGGAACUAAGGGCAGUGCAGGCUUUGGAUACCAAGGAAAGAAGGGUGAUCCCGGCCUCCCUGGGCCCCCUGGCCCCCCUGGCCCUCCAGGGCCCGCAACUGAAUUUUCAGUUGGCAAUGACGGCUCAGUUGUUUCAAGGGCCCCUGCACCCCGAGGACCAGCUGGACCACAAGGUGUCCCAGGCCCCCAGGGACCACCGGGAGCUGAUGGAGAGCCAGGUGAUCCUGGUGAGGAUGGAAAAACUGGUCCUGAUGGACCUCCAGGCUUCCCAGGAACCCCAGGUGACCCAGGAACCAAAGGAGAGAAGGGAGACCGUGGAGAGGGUCAACCUGGCCCCAGGGGACCCCCAGGACUCCCUGGACCUCCCGGACCAGGAUAUAGAUCUACCUUUGUGGACAUGGAAGGAUCAGGGUUCCCUGACUUGGAAUCUAUCCGGGGACUGCCUGGGCCUCCAGGCCCCCCUGGUCCACCUGGGCUUCCUGGUCCCUCUACAGCUGGCCCAGCAGUGAGUCCUGGGGCAUUAGGACCUCCAGGAAAGGACGGGGCGCCCGGUCAACCUGGUUUGCCUGGUUUACCGGGUACUGAUGGCCUCCCAGGAACUCCUGGUCCCAAGGGAGAAAAGGGUGAUUCAGGCGAGCUGGGUCUUCCAGGAGCAGUUGGAGAGAAGGGAGCUCCAGGAAACCCUGGUUUACCGGGACCUGCAGGGGAGCCUGGACUGGCAGGUCUGCCUGGACCCAUUGGACCAGUUGGGCAACCUGGACCUCCCGGGCCUCCUGGACCAAGUUAUCGUGUUGGAUUUGAUGACAUGGAGGGCUCUGGUGGAGGUUUCACCAAUGGAUUUCCUGGCGUCAGAGGACCAGAAGGAAGUCAGGGUCCUCCUGGCUUACCUGGACUUCCAGGUGAACCUGGGUUGCCUGGCAUACCGGGUCAGAAGGGCGCUGAAGGUCUUGUAGGAAAGGACGGGCGACCAGGGUUGGAUGGCUUCCCUGGACCUCAGGGACCAAAGGGCGACAGAGGUGACAAAGGAGAGAGGGGUGACUCAGGUCGAGAUGGAAAUGGACUCCCAGGUCCACCUGGACCACCUGGUCCACCUGGACAAAUCAUCUACUCCACAACUGGCAACUUUGAUGGAGCCGCCGGCAGUGUUGGGCCUCAGGGAGGACCUGGUUUGCCUGGUCAGGCUGGAUUCCCUGGUCCUAUUGGACCAAAGGGUGACAGAGGGGACCCUGGCCCUCCUGGCUACGGACUGAGGGGUGAGAAAGGAGAGCCAGGCUUAGUAAUCGGACCUGAUGGAAAUCUUCUGUCUCUGGAAGGGUUAACAGGUCUGAAGGGAGACAGAGGACCCUCUGGGCCUGUCGGACCCCCUGGCCAGUACGGGCCUCCUGGAUUAAAGGGUGAAAUUGGAAUGCCUGGACGACCUGGUCGCCCUGGUGUAAAUGGAUACAAGGGUGAGAAAGGAGAGUCAGGAGGUGGUGCUGGCUAUGGCUACCCAGGAGUCCCUGGCCCACCAGGACCACCCGGACCACCCGGAUCCCCCGGGCCAGCCACUCCUUUAGAUCGCUUCAAUCGCUACGAUGAAACUUCAAGGAAUUACCCAGUAGUUAAAGGGGAGAAAGGAGAGCGUGGUGACCGAGGGCUUCCAGGAAUCCCAGGAACAGCCUCUAAUUUUGAUAUUUACACAUUCAAGAAUGAACUGAAGGGAGAGAGUGGAGAUCCAGGCGUGAAGGGAGAAAAGGGAGAGCCUGGUGGUGGAUAUUAUGAUCCACGUUUUGGAGGAGUUCAAGGCCCCCCAGGGCCUCAUGGCAAACCAGGCCUGCCGGGUCCAAAGGGAGAUUCCAUAAUGGGCCCUGCUGGACCCCAGGGACCACCAGGGCCACCAGGCAUUGGUUACGAUGGACGCCCUGGUCCUCCAGGACCACCUGGACCCCCAGGAGCUCCAGGCUCUCUUCCUGGAGCAUACAGGCCCAAUCACCCCGUCAGUGUCCCUGGACCUCCUGGUCCUCCUGGCCCACCUGGAACUCCUGGUCUCACCUCUGGUGUUACAGUUCUGAGGUCGUAUGAGACAAUGAUUGCUUCUGCCAGACGCCAGGCAGAGGGCAGCCUCAUCUACAUCAUCGACAAAGCAGACCUCUACUUAAGAGUACGAGAUGGACUGCGGCAAGUCAUGCUCGGAGAGUACAGGCCCUUCUUCAGAGAUCUGGAGAACGAGGUGGCGGAGGUCCAGCCUCCACCUGUGAUCCUGUACCCCCAGUCCCAGGACCAGUCCCACAACAACGGAGCUGGCCAUUACUCCCAGGGUGGUUCUGCCAUACGCCCCAUUGAGCCCCCCCCACACCCACCUGUAGACCCCAGAUACCCCCCACAAUAUGAUCCCAGGUUCCCAGACCCCAGACACACAGGUCAGACGGACGGAAGAUUAGCCACCCACCAGACUGAGAACAGAUACCCUGUCACUCCACAGAGACGACCCAGCCCCCCUGUCCCACAGCCCGGUGUCCACGUGGGCACAUCAGCAUCGGGGCUGCACAUCAUCGCCUUGAACGCCCCUCAGACUGGUAACAUGCGAGGGAUCCGCGGGGCAGACUUCCUGUGCUUCCAGCAGGCUCGAGCUGUGGGCCUGAAGGGAACCUUCAGAGCUUUCCUGUCCUCUAAGCUUCAAGACCUCUACACCAUCGUCCGCAGGUCGGACAGGGACAGCUUCCCCAUCUUGAACCUCAAGGACCAAGUGUUGUUCAGCAGCUGGGAGUCUGUCUUUGGUGACAAUGCAAGCAAAAUGAGAGAGAAUGUACCAAUCUACUCCUUUGAUGGCAGAGAUAUCCUCAGGGACAGCGCAUGGCCAGAGAAAAUGGUCUGGCAUGGAUCAAACAACAAAGGCCACCGGCAAACAGACCACUACUGUGAAACAUGGCGAGCAGGCGACCGCGCUGUGACUGGUCUGGCAUCAUCGCUACAGAGCGGCCACCUCCUGCAGCAAACCUCCAGUAGCUGCUCCGGCUCCUACAUCGUCCUCUGCAUCGAGAACGCCCUCAUAACGCACUCCAAAAAAUAAGUCCACCGUCCUCUUUUUUUCUUUUUUCUUUUCUUUUUUUUUUUUUUUUGUUCUGGGCCCUAGUUAAACACAGUUUUAGUGUUCAAGCAGACAUGUUUUUUAAAAUUCCCUGAUAACGCGCCUUGUGAACAUGCAGCGUCCAGUGAACUGGCCCUGUGGCUCUUUGCCUGGCAGAGACGCUUUGCAUCGUCUGCUCCUCCCCUCCAUAAACGCCAAAGAGAUGGGUCGAACAGAGGGGUGUUGGUCCUUUUUCUUGGGGACAUUGGCACAUAUUUUCUUCAAGGGGUGGAACAACAGCGGAGAAGCUGAAUGCGUUCUCAAAUUGUAUCCAUUUUUUAAAAUUCUGUAUAUUACAUGUUUGUUGUUUGUGUUCUUUUUUUGUUUUGUUUUUGUUUUGCUUUUUUUUUUUUUGACGUUAUCAAUGUUUUACCUUAUGAACUGUUUUUAAAAAUGCUAUAUCCAUCCUGUUAUUUUAUUUUAUUUUUUUUAUUUUAGGUAUGGAUCAUUUCCACAUUUUUUACAAUCUGAUUUUAGAAUUGUGGGUUAUGAUGGGGUACAGCAAACUUUUAAGGACUAUUUUAAAUUUAAAGAAGAUAAUAGAUAUUUAUUUUUAAAUGAAGUUAUGUAAGAACAAAAAAUGAUUAGGAAAAAUUAAAAAAAAAAAAAAAAGCUAAAUACCCUCAAUUAUAGUCUACACAGCACAGAACAUUUAAUUAUUUUUCAAAAGAGCUUCUGAUCAGAAACUGUGCCUUAUUACACAACCUGGACUGCUUUUCACAAUAAGCUCAUGUAGUCUACCACGUCUUUUCUACACAUUAUUCUACCAAUAUGUAAAUGUUACAGUGGUUUUUACUCCUUCAGAUGCUUUUACUUCAACACAAAUUUAAAUGAUCUUGUUGGAUACAGACAUUACUGUAAUGAAUAAUCCCACAUCCAGAGGGCAAGAUGAGCCUUUUGAAUCUAAAAUGAUUAUUUUCCCUUAUACCACUUUAUAAAAACCAGAAAACCAGUGAGUAAGCUGGAAAUGAUUAGUUUGCUGCUAAUCUUUGUUGGACUGAUUGCUGUCGCGGGUGAUAGGGACAGGAAAAACCAGUAUGUAAAGGAGGCAGUGUUUUUGCAGUAACCUUGCAUUGAAUUUCAGAGACUAACCUGGCCUUAGUGCUGCUGAUGUCUUGACUGAACCUGUGGAUAUCCACUUUUAUAACAAAAUGUGCUGUACUGUUUCUCCCAGGCACUGAAUUAAAGUCUUUUUCAACCACA